AUGCGUGUCGUCAACGCCCUCGCCGCUGUGUUCCUAGGCCUCUGCGCCACAGCCGUUGCUGCUGAUGAACCAAAAGUGGUUGGCUACUUCCAUUCGCCCAAUGGUGCAAAGUCUCCCUUCCCAGUCACUGCUGAGAGCGGCACCUGUGGAAACUUUAACAACGUCUGGAUUAUGUCCGCGGAUCUCCCGGAGGGCUAUGAUUGCGUCUUUUACUCUCAACUCCAGUGCGCUGGGAAAGCAACCGAACACUACACAGAAGACGUCUCAAGAUUCGCAUUUGAAGUCCGCAGCUUCAUGUGCACGCUCAUAUCUGGACCAACCAUGUUUCCAACCCUCUCUCCAAGCCAGUCUCCAAGCCAAACUUCCCCUACUCCCACCCCAACUGCAUAG